GAGGCGGUGACUAGAGCGAUGACAACAUUAGGCUGCGACGUGCUCCGGGCCAGGCGGUAGUGGUAGCGGCGACCCGAACGGCUGCAGUCUUCGCUUUCGCUGCGGCAGCCGCCGCCACUGGUACCCGCAGACGGAGGGACGGUGGGGGCCUGCCCCGGCCGGUGGACUGCGGGGCCGGAAUUUUCGUCCCCCUGGAGGGUCUAGCCUGCAGCGCCUCCGCUGCGGUGAGACAAAGCCCUCAGGGCUCUCUUCCCUCCUGCCGCCGGCGACAGCGGCCGAGAGAAGUUGAAGUCGGACCGGACGUGUGCGGGGGCCCCAGGAAAAACGGACCCCGGAGCCCAGCCAAUCCGGGGGCUCCGCAUCGGAUUUUCAUAUAUACAGAAUGGCUAAUGGAACAUUAAUGGAAAGUGAAGCAUAAAUCUAUCUUCUUUCACUAUGGAGGCAGGCUUGGCAGAUGGAGAACCUGACCGAGCUUCGAUCCUCCCAUAUUCCGAAGUUGCUGAAGUUCAAGAGACACUUCUUGGUGAUAGCAAAGAUGUCCUUGCACCAUCAACUGUGAUAGCAAACAGUGAAGAAUCUCCACUUCUGACACCAGGAAAGAUGAGUCAUCGCCAAGGGAAAGAAGCUUAUCCAACACCCACCAAAGAUUUGUAUCAGCCAUCUUUCAGUCCAGCAAGUCCUCAUAGCCAGGGUUUUGAAAGAGGAAGGGAAGACAUCUCUCAAAAUAAAGAUGACUCUUCACUUCCUAUGUCAAAGAGCAAGUCUGAAUCUAAACUUUAUAAUGGCUCGGAUAGGGACAGUUCAACUUCAAGCAAGCUCACGAAAAAAGAAUCUCUCAAGGUGCAAAAGAAAAAUUACGAGAAGAAAAGAGCCACAAAGGAGUUACUCAGUACAAUCACAGAUCCUUCUGUUAUUGUUAUGGCUGACUGGUUGAAGAUUCGUGGUACUCUAAAGAGCUGGACCAAGUUGUGGUGUGUGUUGAAACCAGGAGUGCUACUGAUCUAUAAAACCCAAAAAAAUGGUCAGUGGGUAGGAACUGUCCUUCUGAAUGCCUGUGAAAUAAUUGAGCGGCCAUCAAAAAAGGAUGGCUUUUGUUUCAAACUUUUUCACCCUUUGGAGCAGUCUAUUUGGGCCGUGAAGGGUCCCAGGGGUGAAGCAGUGGGGUCCAUAACUCAGCCCUUACCCAGCAGUUACUUGAUCAUCCGAGCUACUUCUGAGUCUGAUGGAAGGUGCUGGAUGGAUGCUUUGGAGUUGGCUCUGAAAUGUUCUAGUCUUCUUAAACGUACAAUGAUCAGGGAAGGAAAGGAACAUGACCUAAGCAUUUCAUCGGAGAGCACACAUGUGACUCUGUAUGGCUUACUACGUGCUAACAAUCUCCACAGUGGUGACAAUUUCCAGUUAAAUGAUAGUGAAAUUGAACGACAGCAUUUUAAGGACCAAGAUAUGUAUUCUGAUAAAUCUGAUAAAGAAAAUGAUCAAGAGCAUGAUGAGUCUGACAAUGAGGUGAUGGGGAAAAGUGAAGAAAGUGACACAGACACAUCAGAAAGACAAGAUGACUCAUAUAUAGAACUUGAACCUGUUGAGCCUUUAAAGGAGACCACUUACAGUGAACAGA